CGGGGGAUAUACGGCGAGAGCCUCCGGGCCGGGGGCGAGGCCGCCGCCUGGCCCGGGGGAGCGGCGGGGCUGCGGUUGUUUGGCCUUUUGCACGGAUGACUUCAGAGAACAUUUCAGGAGUAGGGAAUGAAGUGGAAGUCAACUGAAUUCUCUUGUGCACUACUGAGACGAAAUGACAUUCAUGUUUGUGGUGGAUGGAAGUCAUGGCAGCGUCUAACAUGGGAGGGAAAGAUAUGAAUGGACCAUGUGGCGUGACUCGUUCAGACUGCAGAUCUUCUGCCUGCUUAUGGCAGUACUGGCUGUUGUGGUGCUGGUCCAUAAUUUUUUUCAGUUAGAGAACCUGGAUGAUGACACAGUUUCAGGAUCAAAUUGGAUAACGGAAAACAAUGUCCAGCAUUCUCUGUCACAGACAAACAAAACUACCAGGAAGCCUUACUGCGGUUACACGCAGCAGACUUUGUCCAAAAGAGAACAAGAGGAGCAGGAAACGUUGCUUGCUGCAAUACAGUGGCCAAACCCCCCUGAUAACAAAAUUGCCUUUGCACAGAGCACUGAUCCCACACGUAGUGACUUUGUGAUUGUGAAACCCAGCAGGUUCUUCAAAGUGGGUGAUGAGUUGGAGGUCCUCGUUCGUAUGAAGGAUUUCCAAGGAAAGCCCAAGCGGUAUGGCGGAGACUACUUACAGGCGCGAAUUCACUCUCCUCUGCUGAAAGCUGGAGCAACAGGAAGGAUUGUAGAUUGCCAUAAUGGCCUUUACAAAAUCUUCUUUACCUUGCUUUGGCCAGGAGAGGUCAAAGUUUCUGUGUCACUUGUCCAUCCGAGUGAAGCCAUCCAAGUCCUCCUGCGUUUACGAGAAGAAAGGCCGGACAGGGUCUAUUUCAAAAGCUCAUUCAAGUCUGGGAGGUACUCAGAAACCACCGAGUGCAAUGUUUGCUUGCCUGGAGAUCUCCCAGUCUGUAACUUCACAGAUCCCUACACAGGUGAGCCGUGGUUCUGUUAUAAGCCUCGAAAACUGUCCUGUGCCAGCCGAAUCAGCCAUGCCAAAGGUGGAUAUCUAAAAGGUCUUCUGACGAAAGAGGAAAGCCUCUUUUUCCAAAGUCAUGUGAACAUCAAAAGGCCGAUACUCUCCAGUGGACCUGAUUCAGUCAUUGUAAAGCCCAAGGCAUUUACAGAUGUAAUCGCUAUGAACAGAGCUGAAGAUCCCACAGCUUCCCCUUCUGGUUAUUAUUAUGAAGACCAGUGGAGGUCCAGAACACACUGGAUCCAUAAUUUUAACAAAUCAGAUGAUAUAACCGAGUGCUUACAAGGAAAAGUAAUCCACUUGUUUGGAGACUCUACAAUAAGGCAGUGGUUUGAAUAUCUGACAGCAUUUGUUCCAGAUCUAGUGGAAUUUAACCUGAGGAGUCCUAAGAACGUGGGCCCUUUCAUGUCUGUGGACCUGAAGCACAACAUCCUGCUGAAGUUCCGCUGCCACGGGCCACCCAUUCGCUUCUCCACAGUCUUCAGCAGUGAACUGCGCUACAUCGCCAACGAGCUGAACGGCAUCGUGGGGGGGAGGAACACCGUGAUAGCCAUAACCAUAUGGUCCCACUUCAGCACUUUCCCUGUGGAAGUGUAUAUCCGGCGGCUGAGGAACAUUCGGAGAUCAGUUAUUCAGCUGCUGGAUCGCAGCCCCGAGACUUUAAUCGUCAUCAGAACCGCUAAUGUUCAGGAGCUUGGGCCAGAAGUGAGCCUCUUUAACAGUGAUUGGUAUUCUUUUCAGCUUGAUUCUGUCAUGAGGAAAAUGUUCUCAGGAAUUGCUGUGCACUUUGUGGAUGCUUGGGAGAUGUCUGUGGCUCAUUACUUGCCACAUAACUUGCACCCACAGGAAGUAAUUGUUAAGAAUCAAAUAGAUGCAUUUUUAUCUUAUGUAUGCCCUCUGCAAACUUAGCACAAAUCCCUAUGUCAUCUUUUGCUACAGCUGAAGUGAAGUUGCUCUUUGUCAGAGCUAUGGAAUGAUGCUGGAUGAUAUGGAGGAACUCUGGUUAUUGUAAAUGCAUGCAGUAUGAGUAGAGUGGCCUUAACUCUAGGUAGCUGUGAAAGGUGGUAAAGAGGAGUUGACUGUUCAGGCCAUAUCUUCCUGCAAGGUUGAUUCCUUCAAGCUUAUCAUUCAUAUCUGAGAUUAUUAGAGAGCACCUUAAAUUAAAUUGACAGGAUUCAAUAAGAAAAUAUUUGGGUUAUUAGCUUUACUAGUUGUCUGCACUGUAUACCUAAUUUAAUCCAUAUGGCACUGAUUCUGUUGUCAGGGUCUUGUUGCUCAGAACUGUAUGUGAAACCUAGGAAAGCUUUUGGGAAUGGUCUUUCUCUUAACAUUCCAGAGUUUAAGAGAUGUCUCCUCUAGUUGUAUGUCAGAGAAACACAGUGUCCAUUCUUGUUGCAAAGUCCUAAUUAGAGACAUGAAGGGAGUGUACCAAAGUCACUAAUAAGGAAGCACAAUCAAAAUAUCUAUAGUAUUAAGUCAUGAAGAAUUUGCUGAAAUUUAAUAGGGCACCUGUGGUGUUUACAGAUGGCUGCUAAAUAGUGCAAAUAGACAGUAUUUUAGUUUUGUUUCCUGUACUACUGAAUCUCUUUUGAGCUUUGAUGCACUGUCUACUUCUUGAUUUAUCUGUAAUGAUGAAAUGUGUAUUAUGAUCUCAGUGAAGACACUGUCUCAGGCAGUUUCUGCAAGUUCAAGUUGCAGGCUCGCCUACUUGAAGUAUUUUCCAAUGUGUUUCCCUUCCCUGGGAGAUAAAGCUAUUGUGUUAUGCUCCUGCAAAGCCAGGCUGCUGACAGUGACUCUUGUACAUCCUUCGUGCGCUGUGUCUGUGCGAAGGGGCCAAGGAACCCGAAUGCACUUGGCCAGGUUUGGCACUGGGUAACAGUAACUGGCACACACUAAUGGCCAAGGCCACGCCCUGAGCCCUCAGCAGGGUCUGCCAGUUUUAUCAUUUAUUCAUGAACUCCACUGCUACCAAUACAAAAGGUAAAAAACGUAGCACCCAAAAGCCAAGCACACACAGGGUUGCCUUCAUACAGCUGCUUAGUACAGACCCAGGUUUGCUGGUGUGAAAGCUGGUGGCUCUCAGGCCUCUUGGUGUGGUGUUUACUGCUGCUAAUUGGAUUGAGCCUCUCUUCAGUUUUAACUUAUAGCGCUUUAAACAGAAUUUUGAUUAAAUUCAGCUCCCAAAUUAAACAGCAGAGAAGUGUUCCAUGUUGUCUUACUUCUGGUCCCACUCAGGCCAAAGCCAGUCUUCACCAGUGGUGUUACUGAGAAAUGUGUCAAAACAAAGGUGGGUCUUCGUAAGCAAACAGAGAAGAUUAAUAAGGCAAAUUGGUAAGUUGCACAGAGUGAAAUAAUUGAAGUGUCUUCAUGUUAGAAAUGUUUUGCUCUUUGUCAGGUUUGCUGCUCUAUUAAGAAAGAUUGUGCUCUCAUUGCUGGAGCCCCAAGAAAGCUAGUGCUACCAGCUACAGCAACAGUGCUUUUUAUUUUGUUCAUUUUAAAGGACAACUGAGAAUUAUUUUAAAAACAAAUGUAAAUGCUUUCAGCAUGUAAAAGGCAUCCAUCUAUAAACUUAGCAAUUUAAAAAUGUUUAAAAAUGACUGGACGAGUCAUAUACACUGAAAUGAUGUUUAUUCUUAGCUUUUCAAAUCAGAAUUAAGGAGGUCCAAUUUGCUGGUUCCUACUGACAACUGCCUCACGUAGCAUCUGUCCAUACACUGCCUUUAGGUAACUAUUUAUUCCUUUUAUAUGGUAAUGGAAAUUUAUCCUCUGCUAAGAAGAGACCAUGCCGGUUCAGGUCUGGGAAAGUAAACCACCACGAUGGAAAAUGACCUUUCAUCUUUCCCAGGUGUGAUUUUUAAAAUAGGUAUAGUGUAAGACUUUCAUCCUGAAUAACAAAUCUAUCCUAGUAAUGUUAAUGAAAAUAAGACUUCAAACUUGUACUUUGAAGGAAACUACCUAAUUUGUGGACUAACCAUUAGGGUUCCCUCAUAAAGCCAUAUUGUGUGUGAAAAUGUUGUGGCAGCAUGUUUCUCCUCUGAAUGUUGUGAUGCCACUGCUCUUCAACAGCAGCUUUAUAUCACUGUUAGCUACCAAGCACAGAUAGAGAAGAAAAUAUUCUUUUGAAUGUUUUGACAGUGGAGGGAAAGAGAACAGGACUGCUAUUAGCAAAGAUGUCUAGUUGCCUUCUAGUAGAACCUCACCCUUUAAUUAGAUUAAUUUUUUAAUAACAGAUUAACUUUUAGGUAAUGAACCUGAGGGAAAUUGGCAGUUGAUUUGGAAUGAGGACCAAUACUUCAUUUCUUUGGGCUCUGAAAUAGGCAGGGAGAAGAAAUCAAGAAACUGAGGAUUUACUCAUGUUUGGGGACAUGAUGCUUUUAGAUGUCAUUCCGUUGAUCUAUAAAUGAUUUUUCAUUUCUAUUCUCAUCUUGUUACCAUCGCACCAGUUGUGUAUGUACUGUAUAUGCAACCAUAGAAGCAAUAAAAUAUUUUAAAUCAGUUUAUUUAAACUUUUAAAUGGAUUUUAAUAGGGACUUGGGUUAAUAGGCUGGUUAUUUUUCAAGUUACUUAAUGUGAAACAGGACUGGAAAGGAAUAUCUCAGUUGUCUGUUAAGUACCUUUCUUUAAACAUAAGAAGUUAUUUCACAAAAUAUUUCAAAAUCCUGUCUUCCUUUUCUUUCCAUUUUCUUAAUUUGAAGGGAAAAAAUUGUAUUUUUGAUAUGUUCAUUCUUGUUCUGAGCAUUUUGAUUAUUAACCUUUCAGUACAGAUUUUUUUUUCCUUUUUAAUGUCUUUAUUCAAAAUCCAGAUCCCUCAAAUCCCAGUGAAAUAAACUAUACUUUUAUGGUGUUUAUUAGAAGAUUUCAGAGCAAUUUAUUUAUAAAAUAAGUAAACUCCAUUUUACAUAUUAAGAGUGUUGCACUGUAAUAUUUUGAGAAUCUUGUUUCUCCUGUAUAUCUUCUUAGGCUGAUUUCUUCCUUCUAGAAGACAUUAGUUGAAUUGUUGAUGAGAAGAGAGGAUAAAAAGCAGAAGUUUCCCUUUUUUCAAGUUUUCAGUUGCUUCUAAUUUCAUCUGCAGUGCAGCACUAUUGUGACUCUGCUUUACGAGAUUUAAAUCACCAUUUUUCAUUGUUUUACCUGGUAGAGGUAAGCAUUUAAAAAUAGAAACUUUGCUUACCACAAGUGUCUGUACAAUUUUUUAUGUACUACAGGUGACAAUUCCAUGUACAUGUGACAAAAACAAAGGUUUGAAGUUGUCUCCUGGAAGGGUUGAGGGUAUUGGAAUUUUGCUUUGGUCUGGUUGCAAGGUGUGGGUUAAAACAUUCUUCCUCUCAUGACUGUUUAAGUAACAGCAAAAAACUUCAGUCAUAGGUGUGUAUUUAAUUUAGAAAGCACUUACUUGUUAAAUCCAGAUUACUCCAUGUAUGUUUAGACUGUUUGGAAGACUCGUACUGUGUUGGGAGCCGCGAAGGACUACAUCUGUGUGUUAGAGAAAGAACUUGUUUUCAAAGGUGUUUUUUUCCCCUAAUAUAUGUAUAUUAAUUGAAAUGCUUACAAUAUGAAGAAAGCUCUACUGUCUUAUUUCCUGAUGUGAUCAGAAAAACAAUUUUAAUAGCCAAAAAGCUCAAAGAAUGAAAAGUUCCUAAUAAAGAGGGAAAGUUUACUUGAACUAUUUAAUCUGA